AAUCAGCGUACAACAAUCUCUAUAUCCUAUGGUUCUGGAUAUAUUUUAUUAUGGCUUGCUACUAUCCUAUGUUUUAUCUCAGCAUGGAUAUUUCUAGGUACGUAUUGCUGUUGGACAACAGAUACAGAUGAUGAUCAAGAUUUUGAUAAA